AUGGGGACACCUCCAUCCGCCCUCUCGCCCUCCUCGAAUUCGGCCAUUCUUCUCAUCUUCCUCCACUCCCUCCAGAGCCCAGUCUCCGCGACCACGAGCCUGCGCCAUGUUUCACGCCGUCCCUUACACCCGCCUGACACUUGUCUUGCCUCAUUUCAUGGCUCCGUGCCGUGCCGUACCACACCAAACCUCGCGAUUCAUUACCCAAGAACCACGCCCCCGACUUUU